UCCCUUGUGACUCUACAGUCAUGUCCUGUUCUGCUAGGAAGAAACACAUAAUGCCCUACAACAGCUGAUGUGCAUCUGGAUCAUAAGGAACAUUGGAUGAUUUUUGUAGAAGAUUCGGAAAGGGCACCGAUUAUCAAAACAGCAGCGACGGUAAACGUGAAGAGCUUACUCCUACACAUCAUGUCCUCCCGAAAGAAGGUGCUGCUCAAAGUGAUCAUCCUAGGGGAUUCUGGAGUCGGGAAGACCUCUCUGAUGAACCAGUAUGUGAAUAACAAGUUCAGUAAUCAGUAUAAGGCCACUAUUGGAGCCGACUUCCUGACAAAGGAGGUGAUGGUGGACGACAGACUGGUCACCAUGCAGAUUUGGGACACGGCGGGACAGGAGCGCUUUCAGUCUCUGGGCGUGGCGUUCUACCGAGGGGCGGACUGCUGCGUGCUGGUGUACGACGUCACCGCACCAACUACAUUCAAGACCAUGGACAGCUGGAGGGACGAGUUCCUCAUUCAGGCCAGUCCUCGUGACCCGGAGAACUUCCCCUUUGUUGUGCUGGGCAAUAAAAUCGACCUGGAGAACCGGCAGGUAACGACAAAGCGAGCUCAAGCAUGGUGUCAGAGUAAGAACAACAUCCCCUAUUUUGAGACCAGUGCCAAAGAAGCCAUUAAUGUUGACCAGGCCUUCCAAACCAUCGCUCGCAAUGCACUUAAACAGGAGUCGGUGGAGACGUAUGACUUCCCUGACCAGAUUAAACUGAGAGACGACAGACCGGUGUCUAGCAGUGAUGGCUGUAGCUGCUGAAGGAAACACCAAACCGGGGACGGCAAGAGAGAGAGCCAACAUGGGAAAGGGAGGAAGCGAGAUGGCAAAGAUCCAGGCGCCCGUCCUCCCCUUAUUUCUCUUUUAAAACCUUCAGGGUAUCAGAUGCCGCCGCGAGUGAAAGCUGAACAUCCAUUUUCUUGCUGAACUCCAAGUACACGUGUGGUAUGAUGAACCGUUGAGGAACAGGAAGACCAAUUGCAUUUAUUACAAGUUCUGCUAUCACUACAGCUGUCCGAGAUUUUCCAUGUGGCUACUCCUGCUGUCUGCAAUUUUCUUUUCUUUUCUCAGAAAUGACCUUUGCUCUGCUAGUUCAAUGUGCCUUUUUAAUUUGUACUAUUGUACUGUUAUUGUUAUCAAUGCCUGCUUCACUCCUAUGCUGAAUGAAGAUUCAGUUAAAAACAUUACAUAUGUAAUAGGGCUGGGAAAUAUAACAAUAUUAUUAAAAUAUUUUAUCUGAAAUUUAAAAGGAAUCAACUUUUGUUUGCACCAUAGCUUCUCAGUAAAAUAAACUUGCAGAAAUGGCUUGGGAGCUCUUCAGAUCAGUUCAUGUGUUUUGAUUUUAUCAAUCACAAGUCCCAGUUUCACAUAAUUUCAAAUGUUUAAAAAAAAAUGUUUAUUAGUGUCUGUUUAAAUAUAUUUACCCGUUAAAAUGUAUGGAAAACAUGCAAUGAUAACAAGAUUUUAAACUCCAUUUUUUACUUUAAAUCCACUUCACAAAAAUGCUGUUUGUUUGAAAUGAUAAUUCCUCUACAUGAAUAAAUCAGGGCAAAUGACUAUUGUCAAAAGAUAAAAAAUGUUCCCUCAUGUCCCAGCCCUACUAGUAUGUAAUGAAUUAGCGAGUAAGGAUGUGCAAACAGUGUAUUAACUUGGACACAAGGGUACUGGGAUCUUCUAGGUUGACUUCAGCAUUCAAUAUUUUAGUCUUAGUUGUACUGUAAGGACUAAUGAACGUGUUUUAAGCCACUUGAUUGUUUCUGUAACAUAUUUCAACCAUGCCAGUUGUAAUGGUUUACAAAACAUGUACGUUUUUGCACGUGUAGCUGUCAAAAAUGUAAAUGUGAUUCAUGAGGAGGUGAUGUAUUCAGUAAUCACGCACACUGAUGACGGUUAUGUCAUGCUUAACUCAGUGUUUUGAUUUGCCAUUGGAUAUAGUUAAAUAUUAUGCUUAUAUUCAUGAAUAUAUACCCAUACUCAACCUAGGAGCUCCUCAAUUUUAUAUGCUGAAAUACACACAAAAAAAAAAAAAAAAAAGAGAGAGAGAGAAAUUCAGGCAUCAUUUUUAUUUGGACCAAA